AUGCGCUACCCCGCCCUCUUCGCACACGCGCACUACGCAUCCUGCGUGCGCGGGACGACCUGCGGGGACGCGGCUGCGUUCCGCGCGCAGGACAUGUACACGCGCACCGUGCAGUCCCUGACGUGGCGCAAGUACGAGUUCGAGCAGCUCGACGAGCACCCGGAGUGGGAGGUGUGCGUCCACGCCCCGUUCCACCUGGGCGGGCUCGUCGGGGGCGCGGCGGCUGGCGAGGCGGUAGAGGGGAUGCGCCGGAUCGUCACGGCACUCGGGCUGGACCCUGCGCGCGCGACGUUCGACGAUGUCGAGCGGUGCGACGUGUGGCUGCGUUGUGUCACAUGCGAGACGGAUGGCCCACACGAGACCAUCUGGGCACGGUCCUGGAGAAGCGCGUACAAGCAUGAUGAGGAGCAUGUCGCGGGCGUGCAGGGGGCCCAGAGGAAGAUCCCGAAAUGGCGUCGUGCCGACGACGAGGAUAUGGAGAAGGUGCGAGCGCCCAGGGAGGAUACAUUCCCGAAUGUGGAUUUCGAGAGGUUCGAGAGGUCCGCGAUGUGGUCGUGUUCGCUCUGCCCCGCGUUCGACGCGGUCUGGAAAGCGAUGUCGGCUCACCUCGAGGAGACGCACGAGAUCGCAGACCCUUGUCAGGCAAAGGCGGAUGGGAUUGUCUACCUCCAUCCGAACUCGGACAAGGAAGGGGCGAGCGCAAACACGGUCCGACUACGUGGGCGUCUGGAUCCCAAGACUGGCCUCGCCGUCAUUCCCAAGUACCCAUGGAUGUACUAG